UGUUCGCUGACAAAAGUUAUUUGGGAAUUCAGAACUUGUGCACACUGAUACAGCUUGAUUGUCUUCAAUUACAUGAAAACAGAAAUGGCUGAGAACAAAGAGGAUUCUGUAGAAGUAGUGGAAUCUCCACCACCAGUUCCCUCAGUAACAGAACAACAGAAGGAAUUAGCCAAUCAGGCACUUCAAGAAUUUAAUCAAAAACAAUAUGGUGCAUGCUGUAACCUUAUGCACAAAUUGAUUGCUCAGAGGAGCACAGAUCCAAAAGUGGUGCACAACAAGGCUGUGGCUGAGUUUUAUCAAAGUGGCUUUCUCACAACAGAUGAAUUCCGUGAUAGAUUGUCAUCAGUAUGCCUUAUGGCUAAUGUGAACAUCAACAACAGUGAGAGCUUAGAGGAUGUGGAUCACAGUGUUAUCUACUAUAAUCAAGCAGUGGUCCUGUACCACCUACGACAGUACAAGGCUGCACUUAAUAUCCUCGACAAACUCUUCCAAUUCAUUGAACCACUGGAAGAAGCCUUAGCUAGAAAAGCAGUGAUGUUGCUUGUAGAGUUGUACCUGUGUACCUUCCAGCCUGAAAAAGCUAUUGGAAUGCUGAGUUAUGCUGAAAAAACUAUGUUUAAUGGAGGCAAAGAAAAAACAGAGAAGGAAAAUAAGGAGGAAUCAGAGGCGUCAGAACUGUGGAAACCCAAAAUUAGCAUGUUCAAAACACGGUGCUUACUUAUGAUGAAAUCAAUGAAAUCCUGUAAAAGAGAAAUUAAGUCGUUGAUGAAUACCCAGGCAAUGAACACUUCUGUGAUAUUUCUAAAGAGUAAUUUUGAAUAUCUAAGAGGCAAUUAUCGAAAAACAAUCAAAAUGUUGGGGCCACCUUCAUUUGUGCAACUGUUCACAGAGUCAGGAGAAUGCUUGCCAGUAAUGUAUUAUAACAAUAUGGGAUGUGUGCACUUUCAUAUGCGCAAACAUCACAAUGGUGCAUUUAACUUCCGUAAGGCUAUUCAAGAAAAUGAAAAUGCAAUCAAAGAUCUACGACGAGGAGCAGAACAGCAUAAAAAUUUGAAUGGGAAGCCAUUAAAUAUGAUAGGUGUGAGUCGUCAUUAUGAAUUGUUGUACAACAUGGGUAUACAGCUGUUGCAUUGUGGGAAUCCACUGGGUGCGUUCGAGUGUCUAGUUGAGGCUGUACAAGUUUUCCGGAUCAAUCCUCGGCUGUGGUUACGACUUGCUGAGUGUUGUAUCAUGGCCAACCGAGAGAAUAAUGAUGAUGACAGAAAGUUGGAACGAAGACUUGAAGUUAUUCAAGGAUCAGAUGGGAGUGGCAUCCACAGGAAGUUACGACUUGGUCCGGGCAUUCACAAAAACAGGGCAAGUCCUGGCACACCAGCAAUACCAGCCCCUAACCUUGAGUUUGCUGCUCUCUGUCUGAAAAAUGCCCUGCUCUUGAUACGAGAUGAUCCCCUCAAUACACAACCCACACAAACAGAGGAUCAGGACGGAGUUAAGACUCCUCCAGAAAUGGUGCUGGUUCCUGCUCCACCUGGUAAUCCGAUGAGAGCUCUGGAGGUCGCAAAUCUCAGGUGUUCCAUCUUAGCGUCAGCAGCUUAUGUGUCCUUAUGCCUUUAUGAUUACACUUUGGCAUUACAACAUGCAGAGAGUCUUCUACGCCAACCUCGCCUAUCAGGGGCACAGAAGUACCUGGGCCACCUGUACAUGGCUGAGGCUCUUGUUUCAAUGGAUAAGAUAGCAGAUGCCAUCCAACAUCUUAACCCAGAGACAGUUGUUGACAUCAGUACAAAUCCACCGGAGCAGAAAUCUGAACAAGAUAAGAAUGAAAAGGGAGAUAAGCUAGACAAAGGGGAAAAAGACCAAGAAUCUUCAGAAGCCAAAGGUUCUCUGUUUCCAUGGUCGCCAAAAGAUCUGACAAAAGCCAAAGCUAUAAUGCAGUAUAAUCUGGCUACAGCACAUGCAAUACGUGGAGAGUAUGAUAAAGCCAUGGCCAACUUGGGAGAGAGCUCUAACUACAUUGGUACCCCUCUGCCAUCCCAGAUGUACUUCCUUAAACUGUACUUGGACCUGAUAGAAGGUCGAAGGAAGAUGGCACAGAUUGUCAUUAAAGAUCACUUUGGUCAUGUGACUCCCAACCGAGUGGAAAUGAAGAUAAACUCCAAACCCAACAAUGUACGCAACGAUGUACCGAUGCCAUGACAACAAAUUUAGUGAUCAAUCAACUGAACAUGACAGAUUGAACUGAAUAUCAUAGUGAGGUUGUGUUAUUGUGGGGAUUGAUAAAGAGCUGGAUCCUUUAGAUGAGUUGUCCCCCCCUAGAAAAGGACUGGAUAAUAUCAAUAAGCUUCCUCCAUAAAGCAUUUUAUUCAUAAAAUUUUUACAAUUGGAUUUCCCCUAUAUGAUUAUAGGGGCACAAUGGAAUGGCAUCCAUGUUGAAACAAAGCCCUACCUUACAGUGCGACUGUUGUCGUUGGAUGUCAUUCACAUACAUAUCUGCUGGGAUGACCUUAUGUAAGAUACGUCAUUGAACCAGAAAGGCCAUCCUUGUUUAUUGAUAAAGUUAGUGUCAGAGAUAAAAAGGGUCAUUGAGGUUAUCCUGUGUCAUAGGUCAAUAGGUGGUCGAAGAUUUGGUAAUCAUUGAUAACCGUGAUGGUACUGAAUCACUGAGAACAACCUAGUUCACAUAACUGAGGUUGUUAUCGUUCAGUGUAGGUUACACUGUACCAACUUUGAAAAUCUUUAUUCAAUAUUUUUGCCAUUAAAUCUUGCUAUAUUCUAAAUAAUGAAAACAAUGAUAUAGUUAUUGUUGAUAAAUCUGUGACACAGGGACCAGCCUUGAUCUAUAGAAACUAAAGCAUGAACUAUUAAAUAAAUGAAAUAUCAGGAAUGUUGGUUAUCAACUAUUUAGAUGAUUAUAUCAAUAAUGAAAGCUGUGGAUCGGAUUCGUAAAGGAAUCCAGAAAAAAAAGCAAUAAAAGAUAACAAAGUUG